AUGGCGGAUAACGCGAAUCAUGGUCCUGUGGAAUUAAUUGUGGCGGAUGAUGUAAAUCAUGAUUUUGUGGACAGAGGAACAUGUAAUCUUGUCGAGUUUUUUGGUUCCUUGCCUGCUAUUAAGAAUCUCCGAUUGGAGCAUUUCAUAAUCAAGACCCUGAUUGCAGGAAUAGAUGAAAUUCCAAUGAAACUUCCCAUGCCUCUUCUCAAUCUAAAAAAGAUUUACUUAUUCGACAUUUGUCUAAGUGAACUAGAUGAUAUCCGCUUUCUUCUUUGCUUGAUUAAAAGCUCCCCAUAUUUGGAAGAAAUCGUCAUUAUUAAUCAGGCAAUUAAUAACGAACGAGGAGAUGAUCUUACUGCUUUUAAAGUUUUGGAAGCUAAGUAUGAUUCAGGCAUAAAGUUGAAUCGGCUUACCAAAGUCAGAUUGAUAGAUAUUAGGGGCACAAAGGCUGAGAUGGAAUUUAUCAAGCUUCUAUUGGCCACAUCUCCGGUGUUGGAAAAGAUGAUGAUCUCGCCAUACUACAUAGGGCCUGAAUCUCCUCAAACAUUAGUUGAGAUACUGAUGCAGGCCAACACAUUUCAAAGGGCUUCACCUCGAGCAGUAGUCAAUUUUUAA